AUUGCUGAAGACAAAAUUCGCAAUGAUAUUGCUGAUGGCUUGACAAAUGUUUGCAAGACUACAACAUGUACUUUUGUGGAUAACACGGGCGGGUAUGUUUAGCGGUUAUAUAACAUAAGUCAUCUUGUAAUCAUUGAUGAAUGUCCCAAAAAUACCCCGCACUAUACAUUUUGCAGCUCUACUACUCUAACGUUGGCUUCAACUGAUUAAAAAAAUAAAUACCCGACCAUGCAAUUGCCUUCUGGUAUCACUUAGGACGGCGACACAGCGAUAUUCAACCUUAUUCAAAAUAUGAAAAUUGGAUUAACAGUUAUUUGAUGUAAUAUUUCAAAUCCGACUAUGAGGACAGGACUAGAUUUCAAGUCCGCUCAAUUUGAUCAAGUCCGAGGCGUGUGACAUCUCAUACGAACAAAUCACAACUUAAUUUUGAUCCAGUGCAAUGACUGAAUUAAUUUUAAUCCAGUCCUAGGACUGGAUCAAUAUACUUCACCAGGUAUCUAUUAUUAUCGUGAGCAAAAUAAGGCAAAUUUACUCAUGGAUGUUUAUGAGUUUGAGAUUCGUUUGUAAGGGAUUCUCGAGAGAAUGAAUGUCUAUCUUCUGUAAAACUGAUAAUUAUCGUUUUCUAACCUUGGGGUACGUCUCAUGUCAAAAACUUUUAUAGAGAACUUUAGACCUUACGCGAUGUGAGACGGCAACGUUACGACGACGGUUAUUCAUACAACGAGAUUCGUAAUAUUUAAGAAAAAAAUGAAUAAUUUUAAAAUAUCCCACGGGAGUUUGAGACCAUGUUUUGGUAAUAAAAUUUUCCGGACAAGAACGUUAUAAUUGCUUUCGUAGCACUUUUUCCGAACUAGCAGUCGGCGGGCCUGCGUCUAUGGAGGUAUUCUUGACAACGAAGAUUCCGACAACAUUACCAAUUUUCCAACGCGUCUCAACAAUAGGGGGGGCAUGGUACCCCCAGUCCUCCCCCCCCGGCCACGGCGUCAUUGGUCAGGUCUCCACUACAAACCUGUUGCGGAAAAGAAAGCGGGUAGAAGAUGUUUUGCUGUAAAGCCUUGCUCAAUCAAGAACGAGAGUUGUUUAGAGUUUAUAGGGGUUGCAACUCAGCGUUCUUCAUCGCCAACCCUCAUCGAGUUUACACAUUUUCAGUAAUGUUGAACCAUAGCCUAUCAAACGAGAGAUGGCUGUGAAACUCGUUAGAAUCAUAUAUAUUUCAUAUACACUAGAUAGCGCAUCUCUUUUAGCAAAUUGAAGCCAAGAAUAUUCCAGCGGUUACCCCCAAUUGAAUAGAUGGCGGCCAUGUUGGUCGUUCCCACUUGCUAAUGAACGCUAAAGAACAACAAUAACUUUCAUCAUUUGAAUAGUUUAAAAACGUAUUUGGAAUAGGGUUAACUUAAUGUUUAAGUUCCCUGUUUAAGAAAUAGAAAAUAUACGAAUCUUCUCAUUACCAGGGAACGACCUGAGACUGCAAUCACGGCUUCAAUUUUUGAAUUGCAGAAUAAUUAGAUGCACUAUCUAGUGUAUAUAAGAUAUCUAUGGUUAGAAUAACAAUGUAACUCAUUAACUAUGUCGGUCAACCAUUUAAACUCUUGCACUCCACUUUCAUGGAUUUUCAAGUACCUUCAUCAACGUUUAUGCAAAUUUUGUUCUCGUUUGAAUAGGACAUACAGUAAGAUCGAGUUGCGAAAACUGCCAUACAACACCUUGCGUGCGAAACUCUGAUUCAAUAUUUUUCUCUUGCAGUCGUAAAAGGCGCGAUGUUGCCAGCUAUAAAUUCCAAGCGGCACAUGUUGUUGUCGUGAGCAUUAAAGAGAAUUCAAACAACGUAAAUGCAGAGACAGAGGUUAAAAUUUUUGUCUUGGAUCCGACCUCCGACUCUCUUCUGCCAGAAAAGGCAUUCUCGUCCGAAACUCUCAAAAACGUGAUUCUCGAAAUGCCAGAGAGCGACUUGCCUUAUACCCUGAAAUCGGUAGAUGAAGUGAAACCACAUCAAAGCAGUUCAAGUAAAGACGACAGCGGUUUAAACAUUCCGGUUGUCGCUGGUGGUAUUAUGGCUGUUGUUGUACUCAUUGGUCUUGUCUUUGCUAUUUGUUUGUAUACUCGACGUCGUCACAAGAACAAUAGGUAUAUUUUCUUACACACGUAGGUUGGAUAGAAUAAUAGACUGAUAGAAUAAUAAACAAUUAUUGGAUGAGGCUGAGCAUGAUAUCAAGAAUUAUUCAGACCGCGGUCAAUGUUAUCUGCCGAAGCGAACCUGAGGCGGAUAACAUUGACCGAGGUCUGAACUCUGAAUAAUUCUUGAUGUGACGCGAAAGCCGAAUCCAUAAUUGUUUUAUUAUACAUUUACUGUCGAUGCAAUAGAAGUGUUGAUAAAAUAUUGCAUCAAUUCAUUUCCUCAAGUUGAUCAAUUCAUACGAAUUCAAAUUUCUUUUUACUUCCUGUGCGUUUCCUAUUGGUCAAUCGGUUCUGAAACGAAAUGUAAUUGGCUCAUCUAGAAGUAACAGGAAGUUGAUCAAUUUUAUCAACACUUCAAUUAUAUCGACAGUAAAGAUAUCAGAAACGUAUAAAACUAUUAAUUAAACGAAGUUUAUUAAUGUUUUAUUAUAUUUAAUUUACAACAAUGCUGCAAUAAAGUAGAAAACGAACAUUUCUUUUAGUAUCUGUAGAACGAAAAUAUUCGUCAAAGAUAGUUUUGUGGCUUCCUUACUACUAUCACCGUCUUUAUCUGCUAAUAAUUUUGACAGGUCGUUUUCAUCCAACUAUCAGCAAAUCUACUGUGAGCCAUUUUGUCUAUUUUAUUUUCGCGCGCUUUUGUGUUCGAGUUGUUGGCUGCGCCGGAGCUUGGACACCACAGCAUUUCAGAUUCUUAAUUUUAAGAGAAAUAGAUUUAAGAACGAUUUUAAUUAUUAAUUGUAAGGCAUGUAAAUACGUAAUUGAAUCGAACUAAUUUUUAAUACGGUUGGUCGACCUAACUUUUAAAUACUUGUACAACUUGCCCAAUGCUCUUCCAACUGAGCUACGCGGUCAGGACGGUUCGAGUAAGUGAUAUUUCGGAACAGAAUCUAGUUCCUUCAAUACCAAAGUAUUCUAGUAAUAUGAAUUUUUUUUGUGCUGGUGUAGUGUUCUCAGGUGAAUACGAUAUUUGUGGUGUUACUCUGAGUGUAUAUCCACACCGGGCGAGCUUGAAAAAUAUGCCCGGCCACGGUGGGAUUCGAACCUACGACCUUUCGAAUACUAGCCCUUUCAAGCUCGCCCGGUGUGGAUAUACACUCAGAGUAACACCACAAAUAUCAUAUUCACCUGAGUACACUACACCAGCACAAAAAAAAAAUUACUUGUACAACUUAAUAUUAUUCAGCCGACGUACAAGGCCUAGGCUGCGAGUCUAAUCUAUCUAUUUAAAAAGGCCGGGAAAAAUGACUAAUUCACUAGCUUAUUAUAGAAUCUAGCCCCUCUGGCUAUAAAUGGAGACUGGUGCUAAUUAGUGAGCGAUAGGGGUACCCGUAUGUGCAUGGUUCGCUGAUCUUAAACUGUGUUUGUAUACUGUAAGGUGCUUCCAAUUAGAGCUUGCGAAGAUGAAUGAAUGAAUGUUAGAUUUUAAAAUGUUCUUGUAUUCUGUAACUGUGAGAUCAUCUCUAGCUACGUUCCAAUAAAGCCGGAAUAGUGUUUAGAGGCAGACAUACUGUAUAUCUAUGGACACUUGUACUACACUCUCUGUAGUUCUAGUAAAACGAUUGACAAACAAACCUGAAGUUUUAUUUAUUUAUCUUUUAAAACUUAUUUAACAACGAUAGCCCUUUCCAAGGUGAUUUGUGUAUACACACAAUAUCACGACUAAAUUUAUUUAUACAUUAUUAAAAAUAAAAAUUAAUAUUGAAUGUAUAACGUAUUUAGUGCCGGUUGCAUUGAAAAUGUCAUAAUAUGCACGUAAUGUGCUUGUCUAAGAAAAAUUCAUUUUGAGUAAUUCUAGAUAUUUCAUACGAAGUUGAUGAGAAUUGAAAAAUUUCCUUAUAAAGCACGCUAGUUAACCGAACAACAUGAAAACUGUCUCAACUGUCCAUUAAUAAUAUGUUGCUGUCCAAUAUCGUAAAAUAUUGGAUCGGCAGGUGACUCUCUCAACGAUUACUGAUUGGUUAAGUGCGCGUGAAUGUAUAAUAAUGUCCGUUGACCAGCCGUUAUUUCAAACCAUUAUAUGAAUUCGCAUUAUUUUCUAAUUGUAUACUAUAGGUGUAUUUUACUUAAGUUGUACUUAUUACAAUGAUCAGUCUUAAUUAUUUUCAGUUUUUAUUUUAAGGAUAAGUAGAAUUUCAACAUUUCCGAAGCUAGCCACCAUGUGCUGCCCUUAAUGCUCACUAAAACCUGCCAAUUUUUGGAGUCAACCACUUUCAUUUCAAAUCUGUUUUACUGAAUUCUAAUUUUUCAGCACGGUUCCUCCAGUUCAGUUCAAUAGCGCUGGAGGUGGAAGAAUGCAGAUUGGUCAACAUAAUCCUGCUCAGCUCUCCAAUCACUACUAUGAAGACCCCGAAAAAAUUCGAAACGAUAUUCAUCGUGGCUUCACAGACCAUGGUAAACAAUGAAUAUACUUUCACGUGUCAUGCUCAACAUUUACAGACAUGCCUAAAGUACAUUUUUUUGUUUUCAAUAUUGUUAUACAACACGCGGUCGCGAAUUUUGUAUGUUGCUUGUGUUUUGACUUGAUGAAAACGUUCGUAAGGACACUCCUGAAUAUGCUGGCAGUUGCAAUGAAAGCUAUUCAGUUACAAUGGAUUACACUGUCCUCCGCGGUUUGAAGCCAUUGUUUCAUGCGCACUUAACAAAUUCGGGGAGUGCUUAUUAGUAUAUAUUUUUAAGCACAUUAAUGAUAUUUGAUAAGAAAAUAAGCCUAGAUUUUGUGCAAAACUUUCUAUUGGAUUGUAGUACAAGUUCAUUCACGGUCACUCGUGAUUUGUUGUUCUCUUCAUGAAGUAAUAGUGAUUACGUUUUUACAGUCUACGACGAUGUCCACAAUCCCCCACCUUACUACGAGAGUUCCCCUGUACAUAAACCAGCCGUUUAUGAGACCCGUCCCCCUCAUGUCUAUGAAAUACCCGACGAAAAACAUGGUGACCAAGCAUGGCCCGCAAAGGACAAGAUGCCCGCCGGUGCUGUGGUUUACCUUAUCCCUUCAAAAGAUGCAGCUCGUGAAAAGCCCGUUGAAGCGGACUUCAACAUGAAGUUCGGCCAUAUAAAACGUUCCCAACCUAAUGCGUACGUGGUGCGUGACUACGAGGUGCCUAUUAAUAUACCUGGAGUUCAGCGUCCUGCCAAUCCGCAUGAUGAAUCUGAAUUGAAGUGAGUAUAGAUGUUUUUGUGUUGUCUUGAGGUGUUGUUGUUCAACGAGUGAUUAGGUAUUUGCCUUCAAAUCUCUGUGACUAUAUGGUUUGAUAAAUCGAUUCCCACAAUAUUCACUUGGAUUUAACAAUACUGAUCAAUAAAGGAAGGCUGGAACUGGAACUUUAGGAAGAAAAGUUUAUAGCUCGAUAGACGUAUAUCGCAUAAAUAAAGUUACCAUAUACUGAGGCCGGUUGUAUAAAAAAGUGAUUAAAGUUAAUUAUAAUUAAGUGGAAACGUCAUCCAAUAAGAAGCGUCUAUUUGAGAGUUAAUCACUAUUUAACUACAAAAUAGUGAUUAAAAAAGUGAUUAAGAGUUUUAUACAGCUAAUUAAGAAUAAAUAAUGUUAGUUCAGUUUAGGUUUCUUCUCCAGUAAAAUUCUUGCAAAAAAGAUGGUCUUUGUUGGGCAUCAUGGAAGAACAACUUUGAUAAAGAUAUCCAGCAUAAAUGCAGUUAGUUAUACUGAAUCUUUUAAAUGUUUUCCAGAUUAAAACCACCGCCGAAAUCCGACGAUAUUAAACUGCAAGUCAUGCAAGAAAAAACAGCCUCCUCCAUUUUGCCAAAUGUUCCUCGAAGGAAGAAAAUUAAUCGCUUGGAUUCGAACCCCAACGAGGCCAUGGGAAGCGAGAGAGCGUCCCGUUCACAUUACCAGAAUGUUGGCUAUGUCACGAACGAGCAGAGCGAAACCUAGGACGGUCAUGUGAGACAUUCCUUCAAUCCGAUUGGAUAAUUAAAUUUUGACUUAAAAGUAAUUCUUCAUAUGUAAUCAGUUACUUUGUGCAUGAAAUGCACAUGAUUUGCACAUGUAACAAAUAUCGUAAACACACGACUUUCACAUAUAUAAUGUAUCAUAACUCCAUCAUUUUUAUUUCUACUAUAUAUACGAAUGCUGCUACACAUUUGUUAUCUCCUGGAUGCGAACUCAACGAGUUCAUAUAGGAAGCAAUGGAGCAUCCCGUUCACAUUACCAGAAUGUAAUUGACUAAACGAAAGAGCAAAGGGAAACCUAGGACGGUCAUGCAUGCAUGUGACAGCUACAUUUCUUAAAUCCGAUAUCAACCGAUACAAGGCAAUAUCAGGAUAUUGUCAUAUUGUUUCCAGUCCUGAUUGUAAAAUUGUUGUAAUUUUUUUCUCUUUCUGUAGUCUUUUUUCUAUAAUCCAUAAUAAUUUAAACUGUACUAGUAAGAUGCACCUGAAUAUCGUAACGAUUUCAUGAUUUGAAAUUUCUUUAUUUAUUUACGUGUCUUUCGCCUCGAUUGCCAUGCAGGCUUGCGUUCCUACAAUUUGCAUGCAGGUACAUGUAUAUUUAUUCUGGC